AUGGAUGCUCGCCUCGCUCUGGACAGUGAGGAGAGGCGCUUGCCUCCCUCCUUCCACAGUGCUGCAGUUCCUGCUGCUCACACGAGCACCAGCACUCAUCACGACCCGUCGGGGCGCCAUCGCGGCUCGUCACACUCUGACGGUCGCGACGCACACGUUGCAACGCCUCCCCAGCAUCACCUCCAUCCCAGAAGCAGCCCAGCAGCCGCGUCGGUCGACAGCUUCUCAUCAUACAUCAACAAAGACGCGGCUCUCUUCCAGAAUCGAUCCAGCUCCCCACGCGUCGAAGAUCAGCUUCGCGACAACAGCGAUCCAGCCUCGCACGCAAGCAGUCCACGUCCUCAGCCGCGUCAUCUCGUUACGACUCCCAUUGUCUCUCGCGAUGCUUUCCGUCAUCAGCCGUGGCCCGAACAACUGUCCUCGCGUACCAGCAACGGCGUCAUGUCGAUAGAGCACCUGCACACCAGCACCAACGCGCGUCUACCGCGUCACGACUCUGAGCAUGUCGACGAUCACAAUGACGAUGGACGCGACCAAAGCUAUGCAUCAGCCGACGACAGCACUGACAUGGCAGCGCGACUCUCACAUGCACAGCGCGUACCUGCAUCGCCUAGCCCAGCCAUCGACGUCAACCGCCUUUCAGUGUCCAACCUUGCGCAAAAGAAUCAGGAGGAUGAUGACGAUGCAGACGACUCGACCUACCGUGAUCGGCUCCAUCGUGCUCCCGCUUCUAUUCUAGCUGACGACUCGUUCGAAAGCACCGGGAGCGUUAUGGGAGAUGAUUCCAAGAACGAGAUUCGCAGGAGAAGGCGAACGCGUCCGGACGAAGCCAACUUGCUCGCGCAGGUCUACGCCAAGAACCCGUUCCCGGACCACGAGACUCGCCUGUUCCUCGCCAAUCGCGUUGGCAUGUCUGUCCGAGCCGUGUCGGUGUGGUUCCAGAAUCGAAGACAGGCUGAAAAGAAGAGAUCAGGAAGGUACGGCGGCUCAGGUGUUCCGACCACCGCGUCCGAAGCAGAUGCUCUCGAUAGCAGUCAAGCUGUGUCGGUCGUGCCAGGUGUGCAAGAUGCUUCGAUUCCACCAACUGUCAUCGUGCCCUCGCAGCGCAAACCGUUGGGUAACGCCAGCGCCAACAGCGCCGCCGCGCCUUUCAAGCGGGUUGAUCCUCAAGAGAUCAAGGAUCUGAGCAGCAACAACAAGGAAAACAUUCCGCCUUGGCUUGGCACCAGCCGCGACGGCGAGAGCCAGUUCCAGCGUUGCCUGGAUAAGAUCAAGCGCGAAGCGCCGCUCGUCAGCCUGUCAAAGGAAGAAGUUGUGGCUCCCCGCCCUGUUGCUCGCGAUCUGCGCCACGCGGUCGGCCCCGAAGGCGUUGGGAUUGCUGUCAACCGCGUCGAAGUGGACAGUGUCGUGCCCGCGCCCGUGCCAUCCACCAAAGCGAGUGAAGGGGCUACUAGCAGCUCCAAGAAAGUCUUGUCGCGUCAUCGAUCCGUGCCGCGAUUGUCGCUGGACGACGUGCUGAGUGGACGCAGCAAGACGUUGCGACGCUCUGCCACCGAACAUGCAGCGCCGUUGACCACUGCAUCGAGCGAGAUGGAGGAGGAACAGCUGGACACGAUCUUGCCCCCGCCUAAGCUGCUCUCACGUGCUUCCAGUUCGUCUAGCCUCAGCCUCUUGACGACCUCGGGCGGUCGAGCUAGCAUCGGCAACCUGGACAUGCGCAAGGAAGCUUCGCCUGUUCCUCAAGCUCAUGAUGCCAACCUCUCGCUGACGUCCAGCCUGCCGCCCAAGCUCACAUCCGCACUGCAGCGACAGGGCAUUAUUGCGAUGCAGCAGCCAGAGACGGAACAGUACCACGCUCAGGGUCAAGGCCUGCUGCAGAUGAUGCCGAGCAGCAGCGCGUCGAGUAGCGAGGCGGACGCUAUCUACGGUACUGACCAACGUAGGGACAGCGAAGAGGAUGAAGAGCGGACACUCAAGAUGAUUGCUCAGCGACGCGCAGCCAAGGCUCAAGCAGCUGCUCUAGCCAAAGCGCAGGAAGCGAGAGAACGAGCCGCAUCCGCCAAUCCAGCCGAGCGGACGGGUGCCGUCGGGCUUGUUCCGAUUGAUCCGGGCUGUGCGGAUGCCAGACACGCCAUUGUCCAGCAAGACAUCGGAAGCAUUCCGAGGAAGAGCUCGUCGGCGGUUGUCGGUCUUGCUCCGGCGAGACAGCUCAGCUUGGACUGGGCAGCUGGACGUGAUCGUGCCGCCACAUCGGCUCUUCCGAACAGUAUCGGUGGCACGCCGCUUUCACGAAGUGUCAGCGCACGCCAGCUGAGCAUACCUCGUCCGAACGAGUCUACUCCCAUCGCUCAGCAGCGCACUGGCAGCCAACGACCCGACAGUGCCCCUACUCAUGGGGAGAAGCGCAAGGCGAAUGCUGCCAAGCCCAGUCGACGAUCGUUGUCAACCACUGAUCUGACGCGACGACUGCAACAGGCCAAGCGAAAAGGCGAUGCUGCGAUUCAACGCAGCACAAGUACGGCUCGCAAGCGCACCGCUGCCGUCGCCGCUGCAUUGGAGAUGGGAGACGAAACCGUCGAUCCCGCUGCUGCCGCUGCUACCAUCAUUCCCGCUGCUCACAAUCAGCCAGCUCAACCAGCCAAACGUCGACGAGCUCAACUCGAAGACAUUGUGCUAGCCUCCAGCCUCGCCGAGCCGGCACCAGCUCUGUCGUCCAAGGCGCCUGCUUCCUUCGGUCCUGGAAUGGCAGCGCCUGCGUCGCCUCUCCUCUCGUCGCGACCGUUCGUGUCUCACGCCUCGUUCCCUUCCGCAUCGCGAAGCAUGCCGACGAUGGUGAUGCCGCAGACUCCGCAAAGCACCUCGCUGUACACUAGCACGGGUAUGCCGCUGAGUACGCGCUCGGAUCGAUUCCGCGCCAUUGGUGCCAGUCCUGCUGGCUCGCUCGGUCGGUCGAUCUCUGCCAACUACACGAUCCAUCGUCAGCCUGGUGCUCACCAGCUGCCUAGAUCCUCUGCUGCGCGCGAUCAGACGGGCCCGAACAGGAGUUGGGAGCUCGGCAGCAGCAGCGUUAGCGCCGGUGCUGGCAGCGGCAAUGGCCACGCUCGCACUUACAGCAACACCGACGACGCGGGUUGGACGCCACGCAGCACCGUGGGCGGCGGACCGAUGUCCCAGCCUCUGCCCAUCAAUGCUUCUACCCCCUCGCGCGUGCUUGGCGACCGGACCAACUUUGGCGCCACGCCCUCGUCCAGUCUGUCGUCGCACGACCACCACCACAACCGCUCGUCGCACCACCAUCUGCACGGACACAGUUCGGGAGACUCACCAUUCACUCACGACGACAGCGGAUUCUUCGAUGGCAUGAGCGAAGACGAGGAUAGUCCGCCUCAGCAGCAGAUUCUGGCCAAGAAGUCGAGCGGUGGCGGUGCGAUCUCGCCCCGAAAAGCGUCGCUGCGAAGCAUGAAGGCUCCAGCAGGUGUCGAGAGUGGAGACGACCGCCAAGCGGCAGAGUUGUUACUUGGCUUGGGAAAGACGGUUGAUUCAAGGGAUAGCUCUUCUAGCCAAUGA